GUUGACAGCCAAAGCAGUUGCUGUCUUACUGCCUAUCCUGGGUAGUUCAUGGAUCUUUGGCGUUCUGGCUGUCAAUGACCAUGCAUUGGUCUUCCAGUACAUGUUUGCAAUAUUCAACUCCUUGCAAGGAUUCUUCAUCUUCCUGUUUCACUGUCUUCUGAACUCAGAGGUGAGAGCCGCCUUCAAGCACAAAACCAAAGUGUGGUCCCUCACCAGCAGUUCCAUGCGCAACAUCAACGUGAAGCCUUUCCACUCCGAUAUCAUAACUGGGAACAGGCCGGGAACCAGCCCCACGAAACUGAAUACUUGGGACAAGAGCAGCAAUUCGGCAAACAGGAUCGACCUCUCGGCAGUCUGACGCCAGACCCCGUCAGCCCUCCUGUCCAGCAGCCGAGCCAUGCCUUCGGGACCUUUGCCAUGGUUUCUGCCCGCCCAGGAUUUGCUCUCAACUUGUGCCAGUAGUGACUUCUCCUUUAAU